AUGGUAGGCAAUGACAUUGAUAAAAUCAACGAUUUGAAGAGGCUAGUGGAUGAGAAAUUCAACAUUAAGGACCUUGGGAAAUUAAAGUUUUUCCUUGGUAUGGAAAUUUCACGAUCACAAUCUAGGAUCUCUCUCUAUCGACGUAAAUAUACUUUAGACCUUCUUCAAGACUUUGGCAUGCUUAGUUUAAAGCCAACAUCCACACCUAUGUCUUACAACACCUCUCUCUCAAAGGAUACUGAGCAGAAGUUAGAGGACAUUACUAAAUAUAGGCAGCUAGUGGGAAGGAUCAUCUAUCUCACUAACAUGAGGCCCGAUAUAUCUUUCGUUGUAGGAAAGCUCAGUCAAUACUUAGACUUUCCUACAGAUGCUCAUUUCAAAGCUACCCUCCACGUGCUCAAGUAUGUGAAAAACGCUUUUGUUGCAGGCUUAUUUUUCAAAUCCUCCUCUGACUUGUCUCUUUUGGGAUUCACUGACUCAAACUGGGUCACUUGUGCAGAUACUCGAUGCUCUAUUUCAGGUCAAUGCUUCUUCCUUGGCACCUCCCUAAUCUUAUGGAAAAGCAAGAAGCAAACAACGGUGGCUCGCUCAUCCUCAGAAGCUGAGUAUAGAGCUAUGGCAUUACGGACAGUAGAAGGUCAAUGGCUAUUCUACCUCCUCAAAUACCUCAAGAUUGAUUACUCUAUGUCCUUCAACCUUUACUGUGACAAUAAGUUAGCCAUGCACUUAGCUGCCAACCCUGCCUUCUAUGAGUGCAGGAAGCAUAUAGAGGUUGAUUGCCACAUCACUCGAAAAAAGGCUCAAGUUGGUGUUCUUAAACUCUUACCUGUAUCAUCUGCUCCCAAACAGUAG